ACAGAGGAUUAAAUUAUACAAUCAGUGUAAGUGGCUUCAUAGAACAAGACUGUUAUACAAGCUGCUAAUGUCAAUAUAUUCUUGUAAACCAGGAAAGACUGAACUCAUUUCAUUGUUUACUCCACCAGCUCUUUAUCAGGGUCUUGUUGUAUCUCAUGUUCCAAAGCUUGGCUGAUCUUUGUCACUGUCAAGGUGAAGGACCACUCCUCCACUACAUCCUCAUAAUUUUAUUAGAUACAGGCACAUCAUAUUUUUAGAAAUAUAUUAUAAAUGAAUUUACCCUUUUAAAAUACAGUCACUAAGUUUCAGGACACUUCAUCUGCCUUCACCGAGGAGCUACAACAUUUAUGUCUGACAUUUGAAACUUUCAUUUCAUUACGAUUCAGAGCCUCAGCUCAGUCUAGUAUGUACCCAUGCAUUAUUGUGUUUAUUAACAACAUUGGAAAUCCUGUGAAAUCAGUUGCUUUAAUAGUGUGUAUCCACCUGCCUUUUCAGCUUUCUGUAAAAUCUGGUGCAAUACUGCCCCCAUGUGAUCCUUGUAAGCUCUUACUUCCAGUGGAGGAUUCAUUGCCUGAAAAAAUGUUUUUUAAAAAUGGUCCCGAAUGUGCAUCUGGCACGUACUGUAGUUGUUGUAAUUGACUUUCGGGGUGAAAGCACACGUGCUUCAAUUUUCAUUAAAAUGUAUAUUAAUACUACUUAUGUCAAAUGCCCAACACCAACAAAUAGUACAUCAGUUGAGCCAUAAAUUAAUGGCGCAGUUCAAAGAUCUCUUUCCUACAGACUUACCUAUUCAGUAUCUCAGUGUAAUAUGGUAGUUGUUGUCAUGCGUUUUCACCAGUUGGACAUGUACAAACUUGCCAUUGACUGUAAAUAGUUUAACCGAACUGAACUGUAAUCAGAAAGAAACACAUCUGUGCAGCUUCAAAGAGCAGGAGCCAUGACUCUCAGAACCAUAGUCCCAUAACAGCAUCUUAUAUACAGUGUUCGGUUUGAUUGGUUAUGCUCCACAAAGCGAACAAUAUUUUCAAAAUAACUUAUACCCUCUACUCUGGCUGAAUACAUAACACCCACUCAAUAAAUACUGUCAAAGAAAGACACUUUACACAUCUCAUAGCUUAACCGAAGAGAGGGAGAAACUGGUUUGACAGGCUUUUCCACAAAUGUACAGAAUGAAACUGAAGACACAUCCUGCACUUUCAGCUCUGCAGAGCAUCAGUAUCAUCUGUCAAGCAACAAUGGCUGUCAGUCCAAGACCUACACUUACCCUGCAGCAAGCAACUGAACUGACACGGCAACUCUAUGGAGUGACUGUAACUGAGAUAUCCACCCUGCCAAGUUAUGUUGACCAGAAUUUCCUCAUGGUGGACGAGGAGGGUGGCAAGUAUGUCAUGAAAAUCAUGAACUCAGAAGAGAGUAAGAACUCCACUCUGCUGGAGGUGCAGACCCAUGCCAUGUCCUUUCUACGCAAGCAUGGAAUUCCUGUUCAAAGAUCCAUUCCCACCCUCAAAGGGGAGGUCAUGAGUAUGGAGGAAAUAGAUUGCGGCCACGGUGUUCAGACCUACUGUGUGAGGUUGAUGACUUAUGUCCCUGGAAAAACCCUUGCCGAAUCUCCAGUCACAACGCAAGAUCUGUAUCAUGUCGGCAAGUUGGCCGCCACUUUGGAUAAGACAUUGCAACAGCUGGAAUCUCUGCACCUAGAUGUCUUAGAAAAAGAUGAUGAAUGUUGGAGUUUAUCCAACAUUCCUCUGCUGGUGGACUACUUAUCAGUGAUGGAUGGAGAUCCCCUGCAGGAAGUGAUCCAAGCAGUCAUUGAAAGCUAUAAUUCACAUGUGCAGCCCAAAAUCAGCUCAUUCAAAAAAGGAAUAAUACAUGGGGACUUAAAUGACCUGAACAUCAUUGUCACACCUGUUGACAGCGGGCGUCAUGAGGUUUCAGCCAUCCUGGACUUUUCUCUACUCAUGACUGAUUGUUACGUGUUUGAACUGGCAACAGCCAUCGCAUACUUGAUGCUGGAGAACCCCAAUCCUCUGGAUGUAGGUGGAGCACUGUUAGCUGGCUGGGAAAGCAUUAUGGUGCUCAGUGAUGAUGAGAGGGAUUCCCUUUUUCUGCUCGUACUCGGUCGGUUGUGCCAGUCUCUCGUUUACGGACGGUACAAUGUCAAAAUAUAUCCAGACAACGAGAAGUAUCUCCUGACUACGGCCAAAAGUGGGACUCGGCUUCUUACUAAACUCUGGGAGAUGGGCAAGCAGGAAGUGGAGAGGAAGUGGUUCUCAGAUACUAACAUGUUUUCAGUCAGUGAAUAAAGAAAUGCUUAGAUGGAUGAUCCUGAGAGACAAUAUAGAUUUUCAUUCAUGAAUAAAAGCUUUUAAAAAGUU